AUGGCAGACAUCCAACCAUUUACCAUCUCGAUUCCGGACUCAGCUCUCGAGGACCUCAAACUCCGGCUCUCGCUCGCAAAGUUUCCAGACGAACUCGAUGGCGCCGAGUGGGAAUACGGCUCCCCGCUGGCGGACGUCAAGCGGCUCACGGCAUACUGGAAGGACAAGCACGACUGGCGCGCCGCCGAGAAGCAGCUGAACAAGAUGCCACAGUUCACGACCUCCAUCACCGUCGACGGCUUCGACCCACUAACAAUCCACUUCAUCUAUCAGAAAUCCGCCCGAGCCAAUGCAACCCCUUUACUAUUCGUGCACGGGUGGCCCGGCAGCUUCAUCGAAGCGAGCAAGAUCUGGGAGAGGCUGUCUUCUCCCGAAGCAGGCGCGACUUCCGCCCCGGCGUUCGACUUCGUAGCGCUCAGCCUGCCAGGCUACGGGUUCUCGGAGACGGCGAAGAAAAAGGGGUUCGCGCUCGCGCAGUACGCCGAGACGGCGCACAAGCUGAUGCUCAAGCUCGGGUACGACGAGUACGUGACGCAAGGCGGCGACUGGGGCUACUACAUCACACGCACCAUCAGCCUGCUGUACCCGACGCACUGCAAAGCGACACACGUGAACAUGGACCAAGGCGAGGCGCCGACCUACGCAUCCAACCCGCUGCUCGCCCUCCAGCACGCCGUGACACCCUAUACAGAGUACGAAACCAAAGGGCUCGCGCGCACCAAGUGGUUCCUGGAGCAAGGGUCGGGAUACCGGGCGCAGCAGAGCACGAAGCCGCAGACGCUGGGGUACGGGCUGGCGGACUCGCCGGUGGGGCUGCUGGCGUGGAUCUAUGAGAAGCUGCACGACUGGACGGACCGCUACCCGUGGACCGACGACGAGGUCUGCACCUGGGUCGCCAUCUACUGGUUCUCGGCCGCGGGUCCCGCCGCCAACCUGCGCAUCUACUACGAGGCCACCCACGAGUGGGACAAUCCCGCGCGCAGGGUCACGCGCGACCGCACGCGCCAGUGGAUCGGCGGCGGCGUCAAGCUCGGCCUGACGCACUCGCCCGCCGAGUUGAGGGUCUUGCCCAAGGCCUGGACACAUACCCAGGGCAACGUCGUCUUUGAUCGGACACAUGAUAGUGGAGGACACUUUUUCGCGUAUGAGCGCCCCGACCAUCUGAUUGGCGAUGUCAGAGAUAUGUAUGGCAAGGGCGGCGGCGCGGCCGGCGUGGUCAAGGGGAAGAGUGGGUAUUGA